AUGAUAUACCCACUCACUUUUGGGUACAAGCUAGUUUAUGCCCUCUGUCUCUCGCCUCUCCGCAAUAUCCCUGGACCCUUCUUCGCCCGUCUAUCAAAUAUUCGACUGGGGUAUAUUGGUAUGUCAGGAAAGAUGAGCAAAUACGCGAUGCACGACUACGAAAAGUACGGCGACCUUUAUGUAUGCGGACCGAAUGCCGUAUCUCUGUCGAAUCUCGUGGACCUGAAGUCAGCCCUAAGCACCCACGCCUUUGCUAAGCCCGAGUUUUACCACGCAUUCCACUUGUUCGGAAUCGAAAACAUUCUCAGCUCCAGCAACGCAGACCUUGUUGGCAUUCGCAAACGUCAAGUCGGACCCUUCUUCAACCUGGGGUAUCUGCAAAAUAUGGAGCCGACGAUUCUGAAAGCCGGGUACCAGGCACUCAAGGAGAAAUGGGACGCACAGAUUGAAGCCGAGGCUAAAGGGAAUAUCGAAAUCAACUACAGCAUGUCAUAUAUGCUCACAACACUCGACGUAAUCGGCGCCCUCAUGUGUGGUCAAGAGUUGGAGUGCAUUAAAACCGACAAUGUUGUCCCGAUUAAAUGGGUCCAAGACUCGAUGAUGCUGCAUAUGCACAAGGCGGUGUUUCCGAUACUCAAGGCGUUCCCCUUUUCGCUACUGGUGCGUGGAUUGGAAGAUAACUUUGGAAGGGCUACGCGGGCUGUUAGGCGUCUGAUAAACAGGCGUCGCGCGAUACUCGAUAGCGGAGCAGAGAAGCCGGUAGACCUUCUCCAGGCAUUCCUUGAUGCCGAAGACCCGCAUUCCAAGAUCCGGAUGAGCGAAACCGAAAUCCAAGUUGAGAGCAUGCUGAUGCUGGGUGCUGGCAUCGACACUACAGCGAACACGCUUGCUUGGACAACCCAUUUGCUUAUGUUGCACCCUGAUAUCUACAGGAGAGCUGUGGACGAGAUUCGCAGCCAGUUCGACUCCGGCCAUCUCAUUACCUACGCUGAUGCCAGGGAGAAGCUGCCGUUCACCGAGGCAUGUAUUUACGAGUCGCUGCGCCUGUGCCCGGUGAUCGGCGGGCAGUUGCCGCGCUCUAUUCCUUCUGGUGGGGUGACGUUCCAGGGUCAUUACUUGCCAGGCGGCACCGAACUCCACAUAAACUUCCGAGGUGCGGCAAUGAACAAGGAUAUGUGGCCUGAGCCAUACAAGUACAACCCCGACAGGUUCGUCGGCAACAGCGAGGCAAGGCGCAACUUCUUUGCCUUCAGCUCUGGUGUCCGAGUAUGCACUGGCCGGAACCUCUCUUGGAUGGAGAUGCUGACUAUCUUUGCCAACAUGCUUAAGGACUACGACUGGUCGCUACCUGAUGAUUACACCCAUCUAGGGCCAAAGGUCCUCGAUGAGCGCGGGUACCCGAAGAAGAUGGAGAGCAGGCACUUUAUCAUCACUGCGUCAGCUAACCCGGAGCGUGACUGCCGUCUUGUUAUCAAGAAGCACGUUGAAUGAUUA